CGCUUUGGUGUUCAACAUGGCCGCGACCUGCGUCCGACAGCGCGUCUGAAAGGUAGUGACAAUGACAUCAGAGCUGACCAACGUCACUGAACUGCUCCCCCUGCUGGAGAGUUCUGACCUGCAGCGACUGGAACAGGUUAAAGCUGCCAUCAAUGACCAGCUCAGCACAGACCGUGGAAACCUGGUGUUGUCCAGUCUGGUUGAAUUCUACCUGGACAGCAGCUCUCCACAAGCAGCCCUGCUCCUCUCCUCUGUCAGAGAACCACAUGACAAGCUCCUCCUGGAGAAGCUGAAUGAGAGUCUGCUGAAGUCUGGGACUCGUCUGGCCGCGCUCACCCUGCUGGGGCAGGUGGUGCAGAAACAGCCCCCCUGGGUGCACAAGAUCAGCCGCCUGCCCCUGCUGACCUCUCUGCUCAAAUGCCUCAAGACAGACAUCGACGUGGUGAUUCUAAUUACGGGGGUUCUGGUUCUGGUCAGCCUGCUACCCAUGGUCCCUCAUGCUGGAAAACAACACAUCUACGACUCCUUUGAUGUGUUCGGACGACUGGCCGCCUGGAGUCUGAAAAACCCUGGUCACAUCCCUGGAGUUUACCUGCUGCACCUCCAUGCCAGUGUGUACUGCCUGUUUCACCGGCUGUAUGGGAUGUUUCCCUGUAACUUCAUCUCAUACCUCAGACUGCACUACAGCAUGAAGGAGAACCUGGACACCUUCCAGGAGCUGGUCAAGGUGGGUGGAACCUCCAGACCUCCUCCUGCUGCACCUACUACAGCAGGAAUUAGAAUGUGAGAACCUCUGGUUUAGCCCAUGUUGGAACAUGUUAGGGUUCACCCUGAGUUGGUCACUGGGACUCCGGACUAUGAACUAGACUCUUCUAGGUGGAAAUGUUAUGAGGUCCAUGACAUUGUGAUUGAAUGUGCCAAAGUGUGUUUGGAUCCUAGGGAGGCUUCCUUUGAGGAUGGUUACUCCUCUCUGCCAGACCGCACCUCCCUCCCGAGACCCCCUCCCUUCUCCUCACCCCCAGGUGUUGACCUCACUUCCAGCCCCCAGCCCCAGCCUCUCAUCAGCAUGGGAAGUCCUGCCUCCACACCCCUGUCAGCAGAACAGACCUGUCCGUCUCAGUCUACCUCUCAGCUGGCUGGGGUCACGGCCUAUAUACAGCGGUGUGAAGCUGAUGAGGUCACUUGGAGCCCUUCCUCACAGUGUGAUUUGGCCACACCCCCUGUCUCCCGUGGAAUCUCUCCUGCUAACGUUCUGGAAUCCUCACAAGGCUCCUCCCACUUCCAGCCGCCAAGCAGGACUGCCUCCAUAUCAGGAGUAAGAAGCCCAUCCUCCACAACAGCUGAGGACUAUCAACAUGGUGACAACUGCAACCUGCCAGAGAAACUACCGUCGGUAGACGUGGAUGGUUCAGCCAGCCAGCCAAUCACAGAGGAGAGACGCCAUGGCGAGAACGUCAAUGUCGACAGAGGAGGGUGGAGUUGGACUCUGACAGAGGUGUCUGAUUUCAUCAGAGAGAGAGAUGUGGAGUUUGGACACACCACAGGACACAAAGAGAGAGACGAAGAGGAAAUAUUGAAGCUAGGUGUCUCUCAGACUCCCUCCUUUCAGGGCGCCUGUCUGUCCUCCACACCAAGCCACACUGAGCCCCAAGUGGGCAUGUCCAACCACCUGCCCCACUGGUCCUUCAGGCCCUCUUUUACCCCAAUCCAGGGUCGUUCCCCAGAGGGCCCUAAUGGGUGGGGCCACAGCUCUGUUAAGUCAGAGGAGGGGGGCCUUUCUCAGUUCUGCCCCUCCAGUCCUGACCAGGCUAAUUCUCCUCCCUAUGAGCCCCUCUUCCAGCUGGCUCUGCCCAGGGCAGCAUCUCUGUUUGUCAGCAGGAAGACACAGGAGUUGGUGGAGAGGGCAGGAGGAAAGCAGGAGAAAAGAGCGUGGAACCAGGAGGAGGGGGAAGAGGACUGCUCCUCUUUCUCUCCACUGGAGAUGCUGGACCGUCUGAUCCUGCAGGGACACCAGGCCCACCAGAGACUCAGCAUGAGAUUCUCCGUGCCCAAUAAGUCUGUGGACUGGAGCCAUUUUGGAGGUAAACAACAGAGCAUGAAAGCCAAAGGCUCCACCCAGGAGGAGGAGCUACAGACCCUCAGGAGCCAGUUACUGUUGGUGUACAACCAGCUCCAGUAUGAGAGAUACAAGCGUCAACAGCAUGCCAUCAGGAACAGACGACUGCUACGCCAAGUCAUCAACGCUACCACCCUCGAGGAACACAACCACUCUAUGAGGGAGCAGUUGGGUCUACAGGAUGUAGAGAUUCAGUCUCUGAAGUCCAGCCUGGCAGAGGAGCAACGCCGCUACACCCAUCUCCAGCAUGAAACACACACUCACGCUACACGCCUGCACACACAAAUCCAACAUCUGCAGCGACAACACCAGGAGGAAUAUACCAAGAACCAGAGACUACAGAGUGAGCUCCAGGAGUGUCAUAGCAGGCUUGGAGAGUUGGAGGUGGAGCUUCAGAAGGCCAAUAACGAGGCUUACGGUGCUGAACACCAGCUAACACAGCUGUCACUCAAGUUAGUUAGCAGAGAGGAGAUGAAGCAGCAGAUAUCCCUGUUGAACAGACAACUUCUUCUACUGCAAGAGACAAACAGACUGUUGACCUUUCAACAAGAGAGAGACCCACUCUACAAACAGUUUAUGAACGAUGACUCCAAGUUUGGGCUGCAGUAUUUACUUAACACUGUGACAUCUGUACACCAACCAUCAUUUAUGGAGAAGCAAAUUCCGCCACCCUUCGCUUUCCUCGAUAGCACCGUUAUGCGAUCCACUCAGUGUAGGCAGAAGCCCGGCACAUUUAACCCGCUAGCGGGGGUGGAUUCGCUGAGCCAGGUUUCAGUGAAACAAGGGCAGCAGAACGUGCAACGUCCUUGUUUUUCCACUGAGAAGCAGCUAGUCCAUUUUGUUAAGCAUGGAGCGGAGAUUCACCAGGAAGUGUCUAUGCUGCAGUGCAUGGUGGGAAAGGAAGAGAAACGUCUGAGGGAGAGUGAGGCCCAGAAGAGCCAGAGACUGGAAGCAGCCAAUCACAGGAUAUCUGAGCUAGAGGCUCAGCUGAACAGAAAAGACCAACUGAUCCUGGACCAGAAGAAGCUUCUGGAGGAAACCAAGAGCCAGGCCAGGGCUCAGCUGGUGGCCAGUGAGAGUUGCUCGUUGGCGCUGAGGAGAGUCACCCAGGCUCUGCAGACUGAGAUGUUACAGCUGUACAGUCAGACCGACCUGAACGCACACACCCCAACACACAGCAGCACACACCAACACACAAGACACACCGGUUCACACACUCAGUCUGAGGACCAGGGCCCCAACACCAACAGCAACCAGCCCACCUCCUCUGCCAGCAUCGUCAAUGGGAGUGUGGAGGCUCUCUCCACCUCCCCCCUGCAGCUCCUCUCCACCUCCUCCCCCCGCUCACUCUCCCCCAUCGACUUCCCGCUACCUGUGGGCUCCUACCCCACUGAGGGCUCCUUCCUGGAGCAGAGAGCCCGACAGCUCUUCAGGCCCCCUGGAAAGGAGCAGGAGGAAGAGGAGGAGGCCCAGGAGGAGGCUCUGUCUGUAGGCCAGGAGGCAGAGGAGGUGUCUCUUCACCCAGGAGGCCUCCAGUCUUCCAGCCAGGCCAUGGCUCCCAGCGUGACCCCACUUGACCUCGGCACCUCCCAGCCUCCUCCUGACCCCAGCGAGGACAACAGCUGGAGGAGACACCAGCUCAGCAUCAUGGACUAUGAUGAGUCCCUACCAGAGUACUGACAGAU